UGUCAACACUGUACCAGUCGGGUCAAAGUAUUACGUCACUGGCAGUUCGAUUUGGCCCACCGGGCCCACCUUAUACUGAAACAUCUUGGCAGAAACCCAGAAAAAAGCCCUUUUUUGGUCAGUUUUCUCCAAAUAGUUACCCAACAUUCGGUAAAAAAUGAGUUUCAGCAGCUUGUUCUCUCGAGCCACCUCCCUGUUCAGCGGAAUCUCUUCUGCCUCUUUUAAUGCCAUCCGGGAGAUGGCCAGUCUCCACAGGAUGCACCGAACCGGGCCCCACAAAAAAAGCAGACCACCGCGGCAACCAUUGGAUGGAAAACCCUUUGCUAAGGGUAUUGUCCUAAAGACACUCAUCAAGAAGCCUAAGAAACCCAAUUCUGCCAACAGGAAAUGCGUCCUGGUGCGCCUGUCUACGGGCAAGGAGAUGGUAGCGUAUGUCCCAGGCAUUGGACACAAUCUACAAGAACACAAUAUCGUGCUCUGUCGCGUGGGACGAUUGCAGGACGUGCCUGGUGUGAAGAUAAAAUGUGUCCGGGGAGUUUAUGAUUUGCCGCACGUGAAGAAAUCGUAGAUUUUUAUUCAGUUAAUUAGAAAUACAAUAAAUUUACUUGUAGAAAUCA